GUAGGGCCUACAUUUCCCAUCAGGCACCCUGCUGCGUUUUGUGUGCACCAAUAAUUAGUGUCCGGUGGAGAACAGGCUUGUUGCAACAGCAGUUGGUUGUGACAGAGGACAAACUGAAACAGCAAGGUGUCCAACAUGUCUACAGAUUGGGUUGGAUAUGGGUACGCAUCCCUUGUCGCAUCUGGGGGAAUCAUUGGUUAUGUGAAAGCAGGCAGUGUCCCCUCGCUGGCUGCUGGUCUCCUCUUUGGCAGCCUCGCAGGUUUUGGUGCCUACCAGAUCUCCAAUGAUCCCAAAAAUGUUUGGGUGUCACUCGUGACAUCAGGAGCUCUGACUGGCGUCAUGGGAAAGCGGUUCUACGGAUCCAGGAAGUUCAUGCCAGCUGGCUUGGUGGCUGGAGCGAGUAUUCUAAUGGUGGGGAAGCUUGGUAUGGCAUUGCUCCAGAAACCCCAGGCGUCCUGAUGGAGAGAAGAUUCUGAUGUGGACCCCGUCUUCUGUUUCAGAGCGUCAUGUCAGCAUUUGUCAUUUACUGCUGACCGUUAAUGUUCUUUUGUAAACGUAUAUAUUUGAGGAUUAAAUAUAGUACCUUGUUUA